AACGGCUAGCGCUCUCCGGAGAGGGGGCGUAGCUAGCCUUCCAUCCCACGCGCGCGGUGCUAUGGAAACCGGAGGCCUGGAUGUUUCCCGGGAUUCCUGAGCUACGAGGUAGAAUUUACAGUCCAGGAGAAUGUAUGGCAGAGACUCCACUGCUUCCGCUGCGCAUGAACAUCCAACUGGGCUCUGGAAAAAGCCCAUCUUAAUUGAGAUCCCAACUCUGAAACUACCUUUUAGUCUCCCUGAGUACCUCAGCAUCACAGGUGAAUUUGUGCCUAUUGUGACUGCAGAAAGAUGAGUCCUGCUACUUCCAUGGACGAAGAGGACAAAGAUACAUUUAAAAUUUUAGUUGCUACAGAUAUCCAUCUGGGCUACUUGGAGAAGGAUGUUGUGCGUGGAAAUGACACAUUUGUGACUUUUAGUGAAAUCUUGAAACUUGCUCGAGAUAAUGAGGUGGACUUUAUUUUAUUAGGCGGGGAUCUGUUUCAUGAAAACAAACCCUCCCGGAAAACCAUACACACCUGCGUAGAAUUAUUAAGGAAACAUUGCAUGGGUGACCGUCCUGUGCAGUUUGAAAUUCUGAGUGACCAGUCGGUUAACUUUGGUUUUAGCAAAUUUCCGUGGGUGAACUACCAAGAUGAAAAUCUCAACAUCUCUAUUCCAGUUUUUAGUAUUCAUGGCAACCAUGAUGAUCCCACGGGGGCAGAUGCGCUUUGCGCCUUGGACAUUUUGAGCUGUGCAGGCCUUCUGAAUCACUUUGGGCGAUCACCAUCUGUGGAGCAGAUAGAUAUCAGUCCUGUGUUGCUGCAGAAAGGCAAUUCAAAAAUUGCUCUCUAUGGUCUAGGAUCUAUUCCAGAUGAAAGAUUGUACCGCAUGUUUAUGAAUAAGCAAGUAACCAUGCUGAGGCCAAAGGAAGAGGAGGACAGUUGGUUUAAUCUGUUUGUAAUUCAUCAGAACAGGAGUAAACACGGAGCCACAAAUUAUAUCCCUGAACAGUUUUUAGAUGACUUCAUCGACCUUGUGAUUUGGGGUCACGAGCACGAAUGCAAAAUAUCGCCAACUCGGAACGAGCAACAGCUUUUCUACGUUUCCCAGCCGGGAAGUUCAGUUGUCACAUCCCUGUCACCAGGAGAAGCAGUGAAAAAGCACGUUGGCUUGCUACUUAUCAAAGGCAAGAAAAUGAACCUGCAGAAGAUUCCUCUGCAGACGGUGCGGCCUUUCUAUCUGGAUGACGUCGUCUUAGCCGACCAUCCGGACAUCUUCAGCCCUGACAAUCCUAAAGUCACACAAGCCAUACAAGCUUUCUGCAUGGAGAAGGUAGAAGCUAUGCUGGACAAUGCAGAAAGAGCUCGUCUUGGGAAUCCUCGGCAGCCAGAGAAACCUCUUAUAAGAUUACGAGUGGAUUACAGCGGAGGCUUCGAACCGUUCAGCAUCAUCCGUUUCAGCCAGAAAUACAUGGAUAGGGUAGCUAAUCCAAAAGAUGUUAUACAUUUUUUCAGACAUCGGGAGCAAAAAGAGAAAAACGAGGAGAUUAACUUUGGAACGUUUGUUCACAAACCUGCAUCGGAAGGAGCAACUUUGAGAGUGGAGGAUCUUGUGAAGCAGUACUUCCAGACGGCAGAGAAGAAGAUGCAGCUCUCUCUCCUGACUGAAAAAGGCAUGGGAGAAGCGGUGCAGGAGUUUGUGGACAAGGAGGAAAAAGAUGCAAUAGAGGAACUGGUGAAGUUCCAGCUAGAAAAAACCCAGCGAUUUCUGAAGGAACGACAUAUAGAUACAGAAGAAGCGAACAUUGAUGAAGAGGUGCGGCUGUUCAGAGAGACAAGAAAGAAGAAUGCCGAAGAGGAAGACGAGGAAGUCCGUGAGGCUAUCAACAGGGCCAAGUCCCAGAGAUCUCAGGGAACCGUGCUGGAUUCUGUCAUGAGUGACGAUGACCUCAUGGAAGUAGCCAAUGAGGAGUCAGAUGAGGAUCUUCCUUUGGCACCUGGCAGGGGAAGAGGCAGAGGCAGAGGUCGGGCAAGAGGCGGAAGAGGGCAGAACCCACCAGCCAGAGGAGCACCCCGACGAGGAAGAGGAGGGAGUACAGGUCAAGAUCAGACACGUGGCAGUAGAACCUACAAUCCUGGACCCACUUCUACGAAGAACAUGUCUAUCUUGGACGCUUUCAAAUCGUCAAGGCAGCAGCCCUCCCGGAACAUUCCUUCCAAGAGUUAUUCAGAGGCAAUUGAAGAUAAUGAUUCCGAUUUGGAAGAAGUAUCCUUUACUCCGUCUUCCUCAGCAAAUCAAAGAUUAUGCAGCUCGGCGGCCCCUAGCAGGAGUUCUCAGAGCCAAGCCACAAGGAGAGUUGAGACCCUGUCCGACGAGGAUGAGUUUGACCCAUUCAAGUGUACUUCUACUUCACGAAGAAAUAGACGAUAACUUCACAGACGAUUGCACAGAAGAUUGUUGGGGGGGAAAGCAAGCAAAAAUCGUUCCUGUGUUUUCCAAUGGAAUCAUAAGAAAUAUUCAGCUCUUUCCAAACCAUUUUACUGUUAGUUUCAUGUUGCUUUGAAAUGUUUGCUUCCUUGAUAGAAGAUUAGUUGUUACCGAUCCUCUCUAUGCAGUAUCAUUUGAAGGGCUUGCGAAUACUCUGUGGAAAUGACUGUCUCCAAUAGUAGAACCUUUUUUAAAAAAAAAACACAGGGAAAUCUGCCGAGAUGACAAGUGUCUUCUUUUCUAUUGCACGGGAACAUUAAAGGAGUUCCCUCCUCUCAAUAUUAUGGGAGAAUAAAAUUACAACUGUGUAUGUGAUAUGGUUCAAGAAUAGUGGCAGCCCAUAAUAUUAGAUCCUGUACACUGCAAACCUCCAAUUUCUCCCUCAUGCUUUUCCCAAGGAGUCUCCAAAAUGCACCAUUCCAGGGAGGUAUUUUGGACCGCAGCGGGAGGGGAGUGGAGAAGAAAAUCCACCCUCCUAAUGGGCGUGAUUCGAUGGAUCCAAAGCAGUAUGUGAAAGUGUCACACGGGAUCUUUGGGCUCACAUGCUGCGCUUCCUCCUUCUCCUUGCAGAUCCCUCCCUUUCAUCACAAGCCAUAGUUUGCUGGCACAUCCAAAGCAGCAGGCUACUAUUUAUGCUUUGCCUUCAAACUGUUUGUAAUCGUCGCCUGUCAUUUUGGAUGUAAUCGGCAAACUGUUGUUUGUUGCAAAAAAAACUGAAGCCAGCUCAUUAUUUGGCUGCCCUUGGGAAGGAGGGGACAUAAGCUUCAGCAUACUCAGGUUCAUCCACGAAACAGCAAACUGUGGUUUGCUUUCUAUAUUUGAACCAUGCCAGGCUGUGUGAACAGGCAUUGGUUCUUGCUGUCCAGGCCUUAAACAUUUUAGUCAGGGAAGGGGAUUUUUUUGUAUGACUUUAAAAUUAUUCGGAAAACAAUGUUGGUAUAACUUAAAUCUGGAUCUGUUUUUAAAAUUUUUGCUGCCUGCUGUGAGAAAAGCCUGCAGAAUGCCUGGAUAGAAUGUUUGAUUCUUCUCUUGAAGCUUGUUUGUGACCUUAUAAGACUUCUUAGCAUGAAGGGCUACACAGACAAUAUGCAUGGCUGUAGGAUUACAGAUGCACAAAAACGUCUCCCUAUAAAUCCCAAAGGUAGGCUGUCUUUAUUGAACUGAUAGGGGUUGGGUGGCUGCCGUCACCAGAAGUGGGCACAAGUUUUCCGGUUGCGGAUACAGCAGCGAACUGAGAGAUAGCAUGCACAUGUAUUGAUCUAGUUUAUAUUUAUAUCCCACCCUCUCCCUAUCUAGCAGGGCUCCAGGCGGCUUACAACAGUGUAACCACAAUAAAUUAAAGCUGCUAAAACCACAAGAAUAAAUGUCAGUAAGUUACAUCUUAACCAUAAAAGGUGGCACAUCAAAGCCAACACCCUGGCUUAAAAUUAAGUGAUGGUCAGAGGCGUAGCAAGGAGCGAAAGUGCCCAUUGCACUGGUGCAUCCUCCGCCCCUGCCCCGGAACUUCCCCAGAACACCCCCGUCACGCUCCAAAGGGGCGCGUGCCGGUGCCAAAUUGCACGCCCGGUUCCCCGUCCCAAAUAGCUUUCGUUGUUUCAGUAACUUGGGGAAAAGCAGUAGAACAAGGGAAUGUCUGAAGAUCAGUUCCAACAUUUCCAAUCCAUUGUAGCAGGCCAGUUUAAAGCGAUAUGUUAUAUUUUCAUAUGGAAAAGUCCAUGUUGUAUUUUUGUAUGUAUUUCAACUAUCCGGGGGUGGGGGGGGUGGGAGGCCAGGAAUGUUCUGUGUGUGUGUAAAAGGCUGGUAGCUUUUUCUCCUAUGUACCUGUUUAACAUUUCUGUUCAGGAAUUGCAGUUCGUUCUGAUUAAUCACGGAAACAGAUUAGGGGUCCUUGAUGGUGUUGCAGUGAGGAGAAACGUAUGGUAGCUGUUACCUCUAAAAUAACGUGUCUUGUCUUCUUUUGAUUUGUGCGGGUUGUUUUUGUUUUCUGAAGCCUGAUAACUUUCUGGCCUCAUGUUUGGGUCUUUUUGUGCUUAUUAAACGUAGCAGCUGGAGUGUAGAUGGAUGUCAGGAUCUAUUAUCCUGCGUGCAGCCAUUUUGAGUACGUUCAGGGUAAAAACCAGGGUGCCACAAAAAGUUUAAUUGCUGAAAGUUUUAAUUGCUCAUUUCUCCAGAUGGGAGAGACUACCCCACACUCCCUGAGAAAGUGUCCUAUCCUAUUGUCCCUUUGCCUACUGGUUGGGUCAGAUGUCUACAUGGGUGCUGGCAGAGCCAUAGCGAGGGGGAAAUGCUCCCAGGGCACGUGUGUGGCCUGUGCCCCCACCCCGCCCCAGAACACUGCCCCCCAUACCAGCGCGUGCCCAGGGCAAGACACCGCCCCCUGGGUGCUACACCACUGGAUGCUGAUUACUAUUGGGUUACGUGCCGUAGGGAUGUGGAAUAUUGCAUUCCAAGUUACCUAAUACAAAACAACAAUUUCUAAAUGGGAGUCAGCUUCUGUGUAUAUCGAAACAAGCAAUAAGUAUUUUCUUGCCCAAGCUGUAAGUUUGGCCUUUAUUGUGGAGAUUGUGAUGGCAAAAAUACUUCAUUCUAGCCAUGCUUUAUUUAGUCUUCCCCCUCAAUAGCAUAAAGUAUUUUUUUCAUCUUUUCCUAGGAGUAAAGAGGUGUUCGAGGAUCACCGUUACGAUUGACCAGGGGUGAUCUGAAAAGUGCUUUUCCUCUAAAGACCGCUUUGUGAACUUUCAGGGUUGCAAGUUGCAUGCAAGUUGUGUAUAUGUUCUUCCUAUAUAGAGGAUCUGCGGCUUGUUAAAACCCAGCAAUGAUCACUGGUUAUGUAAAUGAAUAAAAAUAAUUACAAGUGUA